AAACUUGUAGGAUCGCCAACCUUCAGCGACUUCUCUUUCAGAUGUGAUUUUUUAUUAGAAAAGUGUGAAGGAGAAAGUGAAAGGGUAGAUGGAAUCGACAGCAGUUCUUUUUUUCAGAAAUCUGCAAAUUAUCGUUAUAUAAGAGUUGUCGCCAGUUCUAACACACAGAAAUUUGAAAAACAGGUAAGUUCUAUGGAUUUCCGGAUUCCACACUUUGUGUUACACGAUUUUAGCGAUGGAGAGGAAUCAAAAGUGAUUCGAAUGAUUCUGACUUAUGCUCGAAUGCCAUACGAAUGUAAAGAUAUCAAUCGCGAUGAUUUUAUUCUGGAAGAUUACCCAUUCUAUUCUUUACCAAUGCUGGAGGUAAACGAACGUAAACUCGGUAAUGUGCCAUCAAUUUGCCGGCAACUGGGAUGGAGAUACGAGCUCAGCGGACAAAAAUACGACGAUGAUUCGGAAGUGGAUAUGAUCGCCGAGAAAACAUAUGAGGCGAGGAUGCGAAUCAAAAAUUGGUUGGAUCAUCUCGAUCAUCGAGAAGACCACGAAUGUGAUGAAACAUGUGAUGGCGACGACGCAAUUGCUUAUCUGGAAUCAAGCUUACUUCCUACUAUUGAACACCUUCUUCGACGGAGUAGUACGCCAUGGAUUUCUUCCCAUAAAAUGACCUGGUGCGAUCUUCUGGUAGCCUGUCUAUUCAAUCCGAUCAUCUAUCAUUGUCCUCGACUAUUUGAUCGCUAUCCAAACGUCUUCCUCCAUAACAAACGAAUAGCUCAAAUGGACGAGUUUGCCGGUUUUCUCUAUAAUGUUCGAGAGCGACGAUAUUCUCACUAA